CAUCGUGUAACCCUGAAGAGUACAAAAACGAAGUCUCCUGCUGUUGCCAAUAUACGUCAUUUAUUUCAGUUUGAUAUUUCAUAUUCACCAUGUCUUUGCAAUCCGAUGUCGUUGUAAAUGCUUCCAAGUUCGAUCGAUCAACUAUCGACCAAGCAACAAAUGAUUUCAAUGCUAAGCUAAUUCAAAUAUGGAAAGAUGGACCUCGCUGGUACGAGGUUGGCGCAGCAGAAUACAGAAAGUUGAGAUGGGAAGGCAAGACACCAUUGAUGAAGCCCGUCGUACUCCCAGAGGGUAUCAAUGGUACAUUCCCGUCACGAGACCCGGGGCGUGAGAUUACAUAUCGAGUGUUCAAACCAUCCAGUGGCGUGUCAAAGGGAAUACAUUUGCACAUCCACGGCGGCGGAUGGGUGCUCCAGUCGGAACAUUAUCAAGACCCUUACCUGAAGUAUCUGGCGGACCAUCUUGAACUUACUGUAUUUUCAGUGGGUUACAGAUUGGCUCCAGAGGAUCCAUGGCCUGCCUGUGCACACGAUUGUUACGAUGCCGCGGAGUGGCUCAUCAAGAAUGGACCUGAGAAAUUCGGAGGCGAGCUUAUGUUCACUGGAGGAGAGUCUGCCGGUGGUCAUCUCGCAUGUCUUGUCGCACUGCACCUCCUCGAAAAGGUCCCCAGCUUCGCCUUCAAGGGACUUCUUCUCAAUUUCGGCUGCUUUGAUCUCUCUGGUUUCCUACCACAUGUGACACACCACGAGCUCGCACUUGUCAUCGACCUUGACAUUAUGACGAAGUACAUUGAAGUUCUUCUGCCCAAUACCACCAUGGAACAGCGUCGAGACCCGAGUAUCUCGCCAUUUUUCGCGGACUUGCGUGGAAAGAAGCUACCACCUGCGCUGUUUACAUGCGGUAGCGAGGAUCCUCUGUUGGAUGACAGUGUGCUGAUGGGUGCUAAAUGGGCGGCGUGGGGCAACGAGGCUAUUGUUAAGAUAUACAAUGGUGCGCCUCAUGGAUUUAUUCAGUUUACACCUGGCCUCAUCCCCGCGAUUCAGGAGGGUUUGGAUGAUACUGAGGCCUUUGUUAAGGCUAAGUUGGCAGCGUAAAUAGUCAAGUAAUGUUGGAGGAUGUUCACUCAUAAUGCAGAAUGGAUAGCUUUCUUCAAUAAGCAAUAGUUAU